CAAGGAAAAAUGUUUAAAAAAAACUUGGCAAAAGAACGUAUAGAAAAAUUAAGAAAAAAUUUAAGUAUUGAUAAAAAAAAAUUUAAGGAAAUGAGUCAGGCCAAUUUAGUUAACAAGAAAGUUCCACAAAAGUCCAACAGAUUACCAGUUUCCAGUAGCUUAGGAUCGACAUGUGUUUAUAAAAAUGCUGAUGUACGACUUAAGAAAUUACAUAACAGAAUCAUAAAAGAUGUAAUAUAUGAAAAAAAUAUUACAUUAAAUAAUGAUAAAUCACAAAGUCAACCUAGUAAUGAACCAGUUAUCGAAAUUAUGACAGAUGAUAAAUUAAUAGAAAAGGCUAAGCAAGAAGUUUUGUACGAAGAAAUGGAUUGGGAACCAAUGAAAGAUGAAGAAAUUGCACUAGAGGUGGAAGUUGUCAGAACACAAAUUGAUAGAGAAAAUUAUAUGGCUAAAACAAACUGUAUAUCAGAAAAUAUUGCAGAAUUGACACAACUUAAUGAAAUGAAGUCGCAUGAAAAAGGUCCACUUUACAUUGUUGUCGAUACAAAUGUAUUUCUAUCAAAUCUCGAGAUUAUUGAAGAAGCAAAAGAUGCGACAUUUAAAAAUUAUCCACGUCCAUUUAUCGUAAUUCCUUGGACAGUAAUAUGCGAAUUAGAUUAUUUUAAAAACAACAAAUCGAAAUAUGAAUUAUCGAUUAAAGCUAGAAAAGCGAUUUCUUUCAUCCAUAAUCAAUUUUCUUCUAAACACCCACGUGUAAUAGGACAAACACGAGAUCAGGCAAAGAAAAACAAAGAAGAUUUUUCUAUUGAUUGUCCAGAUGAUGAGAUUCUGCAAUGUUGUUUACAGAUUCAUCAAUUACAAAUAUCAGUAAUCUUGUUAUCUUAUGACAAAAAUCUAUGCACUAAAGCGAUGAUAUAUAAUAUACGGGCAUUGGGACGUAACGAUCCUCUUGAAAAUAUAGAUGAUUUAAAUACGAAUAGUUAUAGGGUAAUCAACCGUUUGAAUGAAGUUUCUGUUGAAAAUUCUGUCUUCAACGAAGAAUUACAUUUCUCGGAUGAUUUUUUUGAGAAUAUAAAGUUGAUUUUAACCAACUUUUUAUCAACGAUCAUCACGAAACAAAUGUCAGAGAUUUAUGGGGAAACGGAAUGGAAGAUAUAUGUUGUUAUAAAGCCACCUUGGACUGCUGUAACUGCAUUAAAGUGUGCUGUAAAACAUUGGAUUGCCGCUAUUAACGAAUCGUUCCAAAGAUGUGCUGAACGUAUUUUAAAAGAAUUACUUGACGCUUUUGUACAUGUACCAGUUGGUGGCAGAAAAUUACGAGAUGUAGAAUAUAUUUUAGAAAAAAGCAGCGAUUUAGUACAAGCGGUCAAUAUGGAUAAACAUUAUGAUCUCAUGACAGAAACCUUCAAUGCUAUUACAGAACUCAAACAAAAAUGUACGAAAUGUAUCACUAAUAUAGACAAGAAAAAAUUACAUGAAAAAAUAGGCAUUGCUAAAAAUAUUCAAGAACAAGAAAUGAGAGCAGAGAAAGUAUUCCAGUGCUUUCAUCAGAUCUAUGAUUAUGCGCGUAACAUUUGUGGUUUAGCAUGUAACAGUGCGGGAAUGGCAUAUUCUUUUACCUUCAAAUCUGUAAAUCUACCAAUGUCACCAACAUAUUUACAAGGUUUGAAAUCAGAAAUUACCAGAAAAGUGACUGAUUUAACACAGAAUCUAAAUAAGUUACUCAUGCAAGAUGACAAUUCUAUAAAACAUCAGAUGUUACUUAAUUUACAGCAAAAUUUAAAUACAUUUUUGCUUGAUUCAGAGAGAGUAACAUUUGAUGUAACAGCUUUGGAUGUAUAUUAUUGUGUUAAAUUAAAAGAAGAAUCAUUAAAGACUGGAUUGAGACAACUACAAGAAUUAACUUCGCAUUUCUCCGCACUAGCUACUCAUACAUAAUUAUUCGGAAAACCUUCGGCAGGUGGUUGAAGCCAAUUUUCCUUCGAGUAAGAUACAUGUUUCGACUCAAUCACGUGAAAAGUGUAAGCGUGUCUCGAUGUUUUACUCUUGUUUGGAUAAGAAAAGUGGACUACUUGGCCGUG